AUGUCAUCAAGAUUUGGUUAUAUAUGCAUUUUAUUUUAUUUUUUAACUUUAUACAUAAUUAUAACUGAUAGUCGAUCAAUUAAUGAACAAGAUUCUAUUGAUAAUCAUGAAGUUGCUCUAACAAUUGCCAAUUAUCAGCAUCGUUUUGAACAUUCAAUAAAUUUAAAACAACUUCAUUGGACACUUAAACAUCGAUAUAAUAAAGCUUAUUGUGAAUUUUGUGAUUUAGUUGUACCUGUGAUUCGUUUACUUAUUGAAGCAAAUCAAACUGCUCAUAUUGAAAAUAUUGUUAUGGGAUUUUGUCGAGAAUUUAAAUUAAUUGAUCUUGAUGUUUGUAUUGGUGCUGUACAUGAAUAUCGAGUAAAGAAAAGUUCUUAA